CCUUACGACACCUUAGGCCUUCUGUUUAAAUUUCACAGAGCGCUUUAAUACGUUAAACGUUAAUAUUCAUAUCGCUUGGACGGUGCCAGUAUUUACUCAAAUACAAUGGGAAUAGAAGAUGAAGCGGACCGGACGCUCUUCAUAAGAAAUUUAGACCAAAGAGUGACAGAGGAGCUUUUAUUCGAACUGUUUCUACAGGCAGGACCUCUCAUCAAAACUAAAAUCCCGAAAGACGCAGAAGGGAAACAGAAGACAUUUGGUUUUGCCGUUUACAAACAUGAGGUGUCCGUACCGUAUGCCGUGCAACUCCUCAACGGGACAUCGCUCUGUGGGAGAACUCUUCAUGUGCAGUUCAGAUCAGGUAGCAGUCAUAGCAACAGUCCAGGGAACUCGCAGAAUUCAAGUCCUGCAAAUACCCCAAAUCCCCAUGGCCAAAGGACCCCGAUCCAGUUCAGUCCUCCACCAUAUACUCCUCCACCCCAAAGGCACAGGUCCUUUUCAUCUCCAGAUAAUCUGCCGAAACAUGCCAUGAUGAACAACAUGAUGUGGCAGCUCCACAUGCAGCAGCUUGAGCAGUUGAAUGGCAGCUUCUCCAAGCCUCCGCAGAGGCAGUCGCCUGCAGGUGGAAAUUCUGGCGGAGGUGGCUCAAGGCAACACAAUAACGCCCCGUAUCGGCAUCAGCCAUCCCAGGUGAACAGCGGUGGUAGAAAUCAGCGCUACGCAGAUGAACCAGGUUUCGGACGUCAGCCGCAACACGGCCACAGCCGGGACAACUAUCACCACCAGAACGACAGGAGUGGCAACCGUCACCAUGACAGCAGAAGUGGCAGCAGACAUCAUGAUGAUAGGGGUAGCAGCCGUGGCUACCAAGAUAAUAGAUGGCGACGGUACUGAAAAAAAAAUCAUGAAUUAUGUUGACAAAUGUAUACUCAGGUUGUUUGUACAUGAUCCGACCAGUUUGAAGAUUUAAUAACUUAUGCCUUAGAGCCAUUUUUGUUAAACCUUUUAAGGCGUUUUUAAAUUUUUACACUUUCAUGUGAGUUUUUCCUCACAGAUGUUGCGAAAAUUCUGAGGAGAGGAAUUGUAUUAUUAUAAGAGCAAGGAAAAAAAAAACAAAUCAGACAUGACUGGUAGUCAUUUUGGAAGACGAGGAAGAAGCUUAUUUUGGGGGAAAAAAAAGAUUUAGGAUAUUGGCCAGUUUUUAUGUUAUGCAAAUACUAUUUAAAUGGUGCUCCGAAAACUUUAAAAUUCUUCAGGUACUUUGCAAAAAAGAAAAGAAGAACAAAAUUUUCAGCUAAAGAUUCCACCAGCAGCACAUUCACUGCAAUAGGGCACCAUCCUUUCUUAAUGUUACAUCUGUUGACCUUGCUCUUUCUAAAACUGGGUUUUAUGUUAUUUUUUUAUUCUGAGUCUGUAAGACAAACUGUUUUAAAAUGAACAUUUUCAUUAUAAAGCUCCUUUCAUUUGA